GGCGGCGGCGGCGCCGUCGGCUUCCAAGCACGCGGCGGGCGACGCAUUGACCUCACAGAAUGUGAUUGGUUGUACCAAGACUUCCUGUGUCGGGAGCCUGGCUCUUGUGUGUUAGCGAGUCCUGGCUACCCAGGGCUCUAUCCCCCGAAUCGCCAAUGCAAAUAUCACAUCACAACCAGUUCCAUCCAGACACAAGUGCACAUCAGUUUCACUUCUUUGCUCCUGCCAUACAAUCACUGUAGAACACACUACGUUGCAAUAUAUCAAGGAUCAACUCCUUCUAGUCCACUACUGAACACACUGUGUUCAAAUAGAAAGGCUCAAUUUACAUAUUCUGGGCCUAAACUGCUUCUUGAAUUUAGCUCUGGGCCGCCAGUCCCUCCCUACGAUUAUAAUGGAUUUUUAGCAACACUAGAGUUCACGGAAAAGAUUACUAGCACUGAGUCGUCCACAGGAUCAAUUGUCAAGAGUACGGAGCCCGGUGUAAUGAUGGACGGAACAAGCGCCCCACGUCGUCCUCUUUCUCGUACAGGAUGCGAUCUGGUUUUCUCUGGGAACGACUCGCGCUCGGGCCACUUCGACACCAAGGACCGCCCCUGGAGCCCGCUGUGCACGUUGACCUUCGUGGGGCGGCCCACCGACAUCGUGCACAUUUCGUUGUUUAAUUAUCAGCUCCGAGCACCUUCUUGUCAAACUGUGGCUGAAGUUUAUGAUGGAUACGCCGACGAUUCCGUGAAACCUCGACACCGCUUAUGCAGUCCCCUCACAAAACACGCGCAGGACCCCAGUGGAAGGUUUCUUGAGCAGCAAACC